CCCGGCGGCAGCAGGUGGGAGCGGGGCUGUUGCUAUCAAUAUGGCGGUUGUCAGCUAGACAAAGACAGUCAGUCUGAUGUGAUUGAGACAAGCGAGGUUUUCAGGGGGAGACUGGGAGAUAGGGAGCUACCCUCCCCCCUCUGCUCUUUCUGCGCGGGCCUGGAGCCCUCAGCCCCUCCCGCUGGGCGCCCCGCGGUGAAGAUCCCCUCCCCCUCCCAUUCUCCUCCUCCCUCCCUCAGCCUUACUCUGGGACGCUGGGGAGGGGGCUGAGCCCGGGUGCAGAGAACUCAGCUGGGUUUCCGAGAAUGGUAAAUACGGCUGGCCGUCUCUGGAAAGGCCACUGAUCCGCCUCAUGUAAAGUAUGCUCAGUUCCUUUCCAGUGGUUUUGCUGGAAACCAUGUCUCACUAUACAGAUGAACCCAGAUUUACCAUAGAACAGAUAGAUCUGCUCCAACGUCUUCGGCGUACUGGGAUGACCAAACAUGAAAUUCUGCAUGCAUUAGAAACUUUGGACCGCCUUGAUCAAGAGCAUAGUGAUAAGUUUGGAAGGAGGUCCACCUACGGGGGAAGCUCAUAUGGGAACAGUACCAACAAUGUUCCAGCAUCUUCCUCUACAGCCACAGCUUCCACACAGACCCAGCACUCCGGAAUGUCCCCAUCACCCAGCAACAGUUAUGAUACCUCCCCACAGCCUUGCACUACCAAUCAAAAUGGGAGGGAGAACAACGAUCGAUUGUCCACAUCCAAUGGAAAGAUGUCACCAUCUCGCUACCAUGUGAACAGCAUGGGUCAGAGGUCAUAUAGCUUUGAAGCCUCAGAAGAGGACCUAGAUGUAGAUGAUAAAGUGGAGGAAUUAAUGAGGAGGGACAGCAGUGUGAUAAAAGAGGAAAUCAAAGCCUUUCUUGCCAAUCGGAGGAUUUCCCAAGCAGUUGUUGCACAGGUAACAGGCAUCAGUCAGAGCCGGAUCUCUCAUUGGCUGUUACAGCAGGGGUCAGACCUGAGUGAGCAGAAGAAAAGAGCAUUUUACCGAUGGUAUCAACUUGAGAAGACAAACCCUGGGGCUACAUUAAGUAUGAGGCCUGCCCCUAUCCCAAUAGAGGACCCUGAAUGGAGACAAACACCUCCCCCAGUCUCUGCCACACCGGGAACAUUCCGACUCCGGCGAGGGAGUAGAUUUACCUGGAGAAAGGAAUGCCUAGCUGUCAUGGAAAGUUACUUCAAUGAGAAUCAAUACCCAGAUGAAGCAAAGAGAGAAGAGAUUGCCAACGCUUGCAAUGCAGUCAUACAGAAGCCAGGCAAAAAGCUGUCCGACCUGGAACGAGUUACCUCUCUGAAAGUCUAUAAUUGGUUCGCUAAUAGACGGAAGGAGAUCAAGAGGAGAGCCAAUAUCGAAGCAGCAAUCCUGGAGAGUCAUGGGAUAGAUGUACAGAGUCCAGGAGGCCAUUCCAACAGUGAUGAUGUGGACGGGAACGACUACUCUGAGCAGGACACUUGGCAAGCACGCAAUGGGGAGGAGGAGGAGGGAAGAAGUUCAGAGGGAGGCAGAGAAGCAGAGAAGGAUGACAGCACGAGCCAUAGUGACCACCAAGAUCCCAUCUCACUAGCUGUGGAGAUGGCAGCCGUCAACCACACUAUCUUGGCAUUGGCCCGGCAGGGAGCCAAUGAGAUCAAGACAGAGGCCCUGGAUGAUGACUGAUCAGGGAGGAUCACACAGUUAACUUAGUUUAGACGUAGCACCUUAGCAGACUUUCCUCGGUCCUUAACAUGUGUUCUUACAGUAUAACUUACAGUUUCUUGUAUGUCAGGUAGCCGUUAGGGUCUUGUUCUGUGAAGAUGGCAUGGUGCCCUCAGCCUUUGCAUAUACUCUCUCAGUAUUAAAAUCCCAGUAAGUAAUAACCAACCAACCAACCAAACAUCCCUCUCCCAGCCCCUGAGGCUAAAAAAAUCUCGCUGCUCCGUCUUAGCAUUCCAAGAAAGUGCUUCCAGGUAUUUAGAUAACCCUCAGUUCUCAAAUAUUAGGCUCUGUGUGAAAUCUUGGGUACCUUUAGAUUCAUGUAACACUAGGCUGUACCCCGUUCCUGCCCCAAGACUGACAGGAUGCAAGCUGAGGUAGUGGCACAGGACCGACAGACACCAUCCGGACAGUAUCCACGGAGCGCAAGGAACGCUAGAGCCCCACCUCAGCCGGAGUUUCAUUGACUCAGCUGCAAUAAGCCGUGCCUCCUAGUCACAGCGUGGCUAGACUAUCCUCCUUUGGGUGCUGUGCUAAGAAUGUCAUUGGAAUCCCGAGCUCAGAUCUUGGUUAAUGUUAACAUGCCCAACACAGACAUCCUUUCCUCUCACAAGCUGUGUUACUUAGUAGAUAACAUACUGCCUUCUGCAUUUGGGACCACGAUCCUAAAACAAAAAAGACAAAAAAAAAAAAAGAAAAAGAAAAAAAAGAAAAGAAAAGAAAAAAACAAGUUCUGAAAAGCAAAACCCAGCCUGAGAGCAGUAGGGGGAGCAUGAGCUGAAUGAGCUGAAUGUCGGAUGGCUGCUAAGCCCAGUUCUCAGAGCCACUAAACAUUCCACAGCAUGGUACCAGCGCCUGUCUGGGAAAGUGCUGGAGAUACUGUGCAAGUUGCUUUGCCUCCUUUUGGUGCCCCCUCCCUACUACCAAAAAGUCUUUAAGGAUAGAGCUGAGGUCAAAAGUGGGUGAAAGACCAGGCUUUGUACCCAUCACCUGAAGCCUACCCAGAGUUGCUAGGACUGUAUUGGACUGUGCCGACUCGACUGCCACAGAUGCAGAUCCUUGCCUACCUAGGGGCAGAAAGAGCAGGGGUCAUUUACCACUUAUGUCGUGAGUGAGUGUAUGGGACACAGCAGGGUGUGUCUGCUUGUUCCCUUUACUCUGUCCUUGUGGAGGUGUGAAAGCUAUAUUGCUACAGGCAAUUUAUUUAAUAAUUGGAAGCCAUAUUGAUAAUGGAUGUGGUAAUAUUUGUAGUUUAAUCUACUUUAAGUGGCAGUAACUAAUGGAAUUUUUUUCCUUGAUCACAUAUGUAGCACUUUUGUUACUUUUUAAAGAUAUUUAUAUUUGAUAAAUCUUUUUUUCAUUUUGAGAACUCAAAAUACCAAACAGUGAACUUGCGUUACAAAGUCACCCUGUGAUCACCUUGUCAUCCAGUAGCAAAAUGAUGAACUAUUCAUGCAUCAGAGGAAAUUACAUCUGCUGGCCUUGUAUGAAAAUGAUCCUGGCAACCUGAUUAAAUGACAUACUGUCACUGUGGGUAAGAAGAA